AUGAGUAGGACAAAGAGAAGUUGCGCCUCCAUCUCACCUGCCUUACUAACAUAUGCCGUGAUGCUCAGCCCACUGUCGGCUUGGUGAUGAAGAAGAAGAGGAGGAGGACACGCGCUGAGCCUGUGCGGAAAAGCAACACGACGCCAGCCUUUGGGAUAUGAAAAAAGAAUGUAUUUCACGGGAGCGAAAAAAGGAUGAAAAAGGUCCGGGAGGGACUGGGAACCAGCAUGACCUCCACACGGAUGUCUCGUUUCCUUCUUCUCUUCAUAGCUCUAAAUGCAAGGUACGUGACGUGCGACUACGAAGAGGACUAUGAGGACGUGAUGGUCCAGCAGAUGUUGGCAUCCAAAUCUCAGCAGUCAGACGCCACGGAGAUCCUCAACGGGCUCCUCAAGGAAUACGACCGCAAACUCAGACCCGACAUUGGAGCGAAGCCAACGGUCAUUGACGUGGACAUUUUUGUCAACAGUAUCGGACCCGUGUCCUCCAUUGAUAUGGAAUACCAAAUCGACAUCAUCUUCGCGCAGACAUGGACCGACAGCCGUCUGCGCUACAAUAGCACGAUGAAGAUCUUGACGUUGAACAGCAACAUGGUAGGCCUCAUCUGGCUCCCGGACACCAUCUUCCGCAACUCCAAGAACGCCGACGCCCACUGGAUCACCAUGCCCAAUCAGCUGCUUCGAAUAUGGAACGACGGCAAGAUCCUUUACACCCUGAGACUGACCAUUAAUGCCGAGUGCCAGCUGCAGCUGCACAACUUUCCAAUGGACGAACAUUCAUGUCCGCUCAUCUUCUCCAGCUAUGGAUACCCGCGAGAUGAGCUAAUCUACAAGUGGAGGAGGCACUCGGUGGAGACGGCCGACCAAAAGUCCUGGCGCCUCUACCAGUUUGACUUCCUGGGCCUGAGAAACACCACUGACAUUAUCAAGACCACAGCAGGCGACUACAUGGUGAUGACGGUCUACUUCGACUUGAGGAGGCGAAUGGGCUACUUCACCAUCCAGACGUACAUUCCUUGCAUACUCACCGUGGUGCUCUCGUGGGUCUCUUUCUGGAUCAAGAAGGACGCCACACCGGCCAGGACAGCUUUGGGCAUCACCACUGUGCUAACGAUGACCACUCUGAGUACAGUAGCCAGAACAUCUCUGCCCCGCGUAUCCUACGUGACAGCCAUGGACCUUUUCGUCACUGUCUGCUUCCUGUUCGUCUUUGCCGCCUUGAUGGAGUACGCCACCUUGAACUAUUACUCCAGCAGCACCCGCAGACCGCGAUGCAUGGACAGGAAACGACACAACUACUUGGUCCUGGACACGAGGCCGCCUCCUCACACGGUGGUGGCCCUGAACAACUCGACAUACUGGCGGGACUUUGACGACACGUGCGCCUCGCGCUGUUUGGAUGGCAAAGACUGCGGCGCCUUCUUCUGUUGCUACGAUGAUUGCAAAGACGGCGCCUGGCGGAGAGGACGCGUCCACAUUGACCUGCUGGAGCUGGACACCUACUCCAGGGUCUUUUUUCCCACUUCUUUUCUCCUUUUCAACGUGGUCUACUGGGUGGGAUAUCUCUACCUUUAGCGGCGCCUCGUGAUGACAUCAGAGAGUUUGGAAAGAUGGGCCUACACUGGGAACUGCUCCCAAGCCAAUAAAUAAAUUGCUGAAAAAAAUACUUACCAUCAACAUGACCAACAUUAAAAUACAGCACUAUCGUUAAAAAACAAGCAGUGGUUUUAAUGCUUAAAAACAAUACAGCUGUGCCUUGGGAUACAAAUUUAAUUCGCUCAUAAUUUCAGAUACUCUAACAUGACCCAGUUUAAAUGCUAACACUGAUGCUGGGCGAUUUUAAAAUAGCGAUCGGAAAACAUUUUAGCACAAUCUUAGUGAUCAACAGUGUUGUCACGGAUUACUUGAAAAAGAAUUUGAUUACUGAUUACGCUUCAAAAAAGUAAUCUACUUACUUUACUGAUUACUUUAUUAUAAAAGUAACUAAGGUACAGUCGUAUGAAAAAGUAUCUGAACCUUCUGGAAUUUCUCACAUUUCUGCAUAAAAUCACCAUCAAAUGUGAUCUGAUCUUCGUCAAAAUCACACAGAUGAAAAAAGUUUCUGCUUUAACUAAAACCACACAAACAUUUAUAAGUUUUCAUAUUUUAAUGAGGAUUGCAUGUAAACAAUGACAAAACAGGGAAAAAAAUAAGUGAACCCUCUGCCUAAGGAGACCUAAAAAGCAAUUGAAACCCAAUUUUUACCAAAAAUUUUAAGUCAAGUUUGAGCCCAAUCACUGAUGAGUGGUUUAAAGCCAGUGUUGUCACAGAUUACUUGAAAAAGUAAUUUAAUUACUGAUUACUGAUUACGCCUCAAAAAAGUGAUCUAGUUACUUUAAUGAUUACUUCAUUAUCAAAGUAACUAAGUUACUUUAAAAGUAAUCUAUCAGUUACUUUUUACCCAUUUUUCUCCCUUUGCCGCCUCAACAUAAGAAUAAAACAGAAAAAUUUCAUCACAUGUAAUUGACUUUCCGAUGAUUUAAUUUAAAGGGGAAUAUCAGAAUUUCACGCUAGCUUAGCCCCUCCGGAGCCCUGAAACUAACAAAUAUCUGACAAACUGCUUGGAAUUUGUUCAAAUCAACUCCACCGAUCAAUUAAACCCUGCUAACUCUAAGAUUAAGCCUAAUGUAAAAACUUCUGAAUUUCGGGUUAUGGUUAACAGCAUAUCAGUGCCAAUGUCAAACAAUGCAAACUGACGGCACAAUAAUCAACAAUACACAAGUGGAUUGUACAGUGCAAUAAACACAAAGAUGGUGGCGGGCGCGGAUGCGCGUGCAGCCGUGCCCAUUAACAACCUGGAAGUAACUCCUCUCAACACACACGCGGUCAAUUUGGCCACAAAACGUGGCCGCAACUAAGCACUUUACACUCAGUUGGACUUACAACACAUCCCACAGAUGCUAAACAAACACAUCACCUCACGGCAUGAAUGUGCAACACGCAUAUAAUGUAAACAAAGCUUGCCAACUUGGAGCGAUGACUGCCCGUCGUUGCUACGGCAAAACUACGAAACGGCCGCGCAUGUAGGGGGCCCAACCUUUUGCUGAUACCCUCCAGAAUGAAGGAAAAAUACUCACCUUCAUUCAUGGAUAGCCACUGAUCAACAUUCCCUCGCAACGUCUCAAUACUCGGCGCGAAUGUCCACCCGCCUCAGUCCCACAACACGUGACGCGAGACCAAAACAGGAAAUAGCUAAGAGGUUGUCAUGGAAACACGUACCGGGAACCUUUUAUUUUAGCAUUUUCUACUCAAAAUGCUCUUCGUACAUGACUACAAUAUUUUUCAUUCUACAUACGUUAUGAGGCAAUGGAAAAAUAGUAACGCAGAGUCAUUAAGGAAACUAACUUCAAUCAGAUUACUGGUGUAGAAAAAUGAAGGCGUUAGAUUACUCGUUACUGAAAAAAGUAAUCAGAUUACAGUAACGCGUUACUAACUAACACGUUACUGACAACACUGUUUAAAGCUGCCCUGCCCACUAUAAAACGCACACCUGGUAAGAAAUGUCUUGAUGAGAAGCAUUGGCUGAUAUGCAUCCUGGCUAGGUCAAAAGAGCUGCCUGAAGACCUACGAUCAAGGAUUGUUGAUUUGGAUAAAGCUGGGAAAGGAUACAAAACCAUCUCUAAAAAUCAGGAUGUUCAUCAAUCGACAGGCAGAGAAGUUGGCUACAAAUGGAGAGAGUUUGGCACUAUUGCUUCUCUCCCAAGGAGUGGCCGUCCACUAAAGAUGAUACCAAGAGUUCAGCGCAGAAUACUCAGAGAGGUUCAAAAACAACCCUAGAGUGCCUGCUAAAGACUUACAGAAAUCACUGGAACAGUCCAAUAUCUCUGUGCACACAUCAACUAUAUGUAAAAAAAAUGGCCAAGAAUGGUGUUCAUGGGAGGACUCCACGGAGGAGGCCACUGCUGUCUAAAAAAACAUUGUUGCUUGUUUAAUGUUCGCAAAAAAUCACUUGGACACGCCACAGAAGUUUUGGCAAAAUAUUUUGUGGACUGAUAUAACCAAAGUUGAAUUGUCUGGGAGUAACACACAACGUCAUGUGGUGGAGGAAAAAUGAAACAGCUCACCAACAUCAACAACUUUGAAGCAUGGUGGAGGGAGCAUCGUGAUUUGGGGCUACAUCAGGCAGUCAUUUAUGGAAGAAUAAAUUCAAAAGUUUAUUAGCAUGUUUUGCAGGAAAACCUGAAGCUGUCUGUUAGACAGUUGAAGCUUAAAUGACGAUGGAUGCUGCAACAAGACAAUGAUCCAAAACACAGAAGUAAAUCAACUUCAGAAUGGUUUCACCUUCUGGACUGGCCAAGUCUAAAUCCAGACUUGAACCCCAUUGAGAUGCUGUGGCAUGACCUAAAAUCAGCGAUUCAUGCCAGACAUCCCAGGAAUCUGACUGAACUACAGCAGUUUUGUCUCAUUAAAAUGUGAAAUCCUGUAAAUAUUUGGGUGGUUUUAGUUCAAGCAGACAGUUUUUUCAUCUGUGUGAUUUUGACAAAGAUCACAUUUGAUGUUGAUUAUAUGCAGAAAUGUGAGAAAUUCCAAAAGAAUUCAAGAUACUUUUUCAUACCACUGUACUUUAAAAGUAAUUUAUCAGUUCAUUUUUACCUAUUUUUCUCUCUUUGCCGCCUCAACAUAAGAAUGACCGCAGAAAAAUUCCAUCGCAUGCAAUUGACUUUCCGAUAAUUGAAUUUAAAGGAGAAGAUCAGGGUUUUUCACAUGGGGCUUGAUCUUAGCGGAGUUAGCGGAGGUUUGGUUAGUUGAUGGAGUUGAUUUCAACAACCAUUGACUCGCGCUAGCUUAGCCACUCCGGAGCCCUGAAACUAACAAAUAACUGACAAACUGCAUGGAAUUUGCUGAGAUCAACUCCACCGACUAACUGUUGUCUCGAGGUUUGAGCCUGAUGUCCAAAAUUCUGAAUUUCUGGUAAGGGUUAAGAGUUAACAGCAUAUCAGUGCCAAUGUAAAACAAUGCAAAUUGACUACUCAAAUGAAUUGCACAGUGCAAUAAUAGCGCAUGUAGGGGGUCCAACCUAUCGCUGGAACCCUCCAGAAUGAAGGAAAAAUACUCACGUUCAUUCAUGGACGUACACACAUCAACAUUCCCCCGUACAUCCCAACAAGUGGCUGCACUCGGCUCGAAUGUGCACCCACACUUGCGCACACCUUUCUCAGUCCCAAAACACUUUGCGUGUGUUGACUAGAGACAAAAACAGGAAGUAACUCUGAGCGGUUACCAUGGGAACGAACACGUAGCGGCAACCUUUGCUGCAUUUUCUAUUCAAAAUGCUCUUUGUACAUGACUACAAUAUUCUUCAUUCUACAUACAUUAUGAGGCAAUAACAAAAUUGUAAAGCACAGACACUAAGAAAGCUAACUGUCUCGUUACUGAAAGAAAGCAAUCAGAUUACAGAAAUGCGUUACUUAUUAACACGUUAGUGACUACACUAGUGAUCAGCUGUGUCAUAGUAUUGUUUUGCCAGCCCUUCUAAUUUUGGUCUUAGUCUUGUAGGCGAAAAUAAUUACAGACCACGCCCCCCAAAUUCCCCAAAUGACCUGAUAUGACCAGGCCACGCCCCCCAAAUGUCACCGAAUGACCUGAUCUGACCAACCCACGCCCCUAAAUGUCCACAAAUGACCUGAUAUGAACAGGCCACGCCCUCCAAAUGUCCCCAAAUCAACAGGAAGUGACCUGAUAUUGUCCCCGAAAUGUUGCCAAACCAACCUGGGCGGGGCUAAGAUCUCUAUCUCCACACAGCAAGGACCCAGAGUAAUUUCUCCAGAAAUUGCAGUUUCUAGUUAGUCUUAGUCAUAUUUUAGUAAUUUCAGAAUGUGUCGUCUUCGUCUAGUUUAAGGAGAUGGAAACUCAAAAAAAUUUCAUCUAGUUUUAGUCGACAGUUACUCAAAAUGUUUUCCUCUAUACAAUUCAAAUGUUUUCAUCCAAAAGCAAAGGUUUCCAAUAAUUUUGCAAAACAGACGAGCACAUAUUGUAGCAUCUACAAGGACAACGCCAACUUUGUGAUAAUAAUACACACUCGGCAGGAAAAGCAAUACGCCAUUUUCAAUUAAAACCACCUAGAAGCCACGAACUGCAUAUAAAAUCAUUUGUCCGAGCAUUUAAGAGGAUGCUCGCCACGCUAAAGUUGAUGCUAAUGCUAACACAAAUGCUAUGCUAACACGACGAGUUACAUUUAGUGUGUGAUGAUCACUCAGCACAGACCUUUAAAGGCUUAAGAAACAUUGCAUAUUCUCUCUUGCCAAGAUAAGAAAACAAAUCUUACCAUGUGUUUCCAAACAAGCAAGAUGGAGCCUGGAGAGGACGCCAGUGCAAAAUGAUUGGCAGAUUUUGAACAGUCCCUCAAAAAGAGAAAAUGUUGAUGGUUUUUAAGCGGUUUAUUACACUGUAAGUUGCGUAAAAAAGAAAUUUACACAUAUUGUGCACCCAAUACCAAAUUUAUUUCAUUUUUCGAACACAUGCUAGCUUAAUAUUAAUAUAUGGUACAAUUGUAGGGGUCAUUGUAUAAAAGUUAUACCUAAAAAAAAAAUUUUUUAAAUCUUGAAAAGAAUCUUGAUUAGAUGAUAUGAAAAAAAAAAUUGGAAUCAUAUUUUGGCCAGAUUACCCAGCUCUAGUUAACACUGUACUUAAAGCAACACUUGGUAACUUUCCAGUUUUGUUGAAUCAAGCGACGCCGGUGGACAAAAGCGGUAGUGUUUUGCCUUUAGGAAGACUGCGUUUCCCAUGAGGACCAGUACUGCGUUUCCCAUGAGGACCAGCGCACACCCGCACAGUGUCGUAAAAUCAUGACGGUCACCUGCAGAUGGAUUAAGCAACAUUUCUGUUUCCAGUGGCUGUGUAAAGUAUGAAAAUUAAUAAGGUGAUGAAUCCAGUAGUGGCUAAGCAAUAGCAUAUGACGGUUAGCACCCGGUUGGGUGGGUGUCAUGCCAGCAAGUGAAAGCAAUGUUUAUCCUGUAACUCCUGGUAGCCUCCCUCUCUUUUUCCUCCUCAGACGAAACUUUUUGUCUCUUUUGUUGCUCUGCCAUCUUUGCAGAAUUCGCACGAAAGCAUUCGCAUCGACUUCCGUCCAUAUAAUGAAUGGGGAAAGGGGGAAGUGACGUAUGCCGUAAAGCAGUCAGCACAUUUGUCUUUUUGGGUGUGUGUGGCAGGGUUCCUGCCACCCUCCUCAAAGUUAACUAGUGCCGGUGAAAGCGAUACAGACCCCCUCAAGAUAUAAAAGAGAAGUCGUUCAACUAGUUAUCAGUCGACAUAUCAUCACAAAUGUUAUGAAAAUAGUUUAUAAAGGUUGAAAAGUUACUUAGUGUUGCUUUAAAUAUCAGAACAUUUAAAAUCAUUUGAAUAACUAUUCAAUUCAAAUGUCACAUACUGAACGUUGAAUAGAAAUAAAAAUAUCCACAAUUAAGCUGUCAGCAAAAUUGUACUUGAACAAUAAAUAAAAAUGGCGUUCCACGACUGCAUAUUAUAUUUUUCAUAUACAGUGGGGCAAAUAAGUAUUUAGUCAACCACCAAUUGUGCAAGUUCUCCUACUUGAAAAGA